AAAUAUCCAGAUUAGAAGAAGAAGAAUUACAGAUAACAGAGAAGAAGGAGGAGGAGAGAGUUAAAGGUUGAAUUAAAGAGAACAACAGAGAGUGACAAAUCGGAAAAUGAUGACGGGACAGCUAGAGUUACCGGCGGGUUUCCGAUUCCACCCGACCGACGAUGAAUUGGUGAAUCAUUACUUGAUCAGAAAAUGUGCAGGGCAAUCGAUUUCGGUUCCGAUCAUAGCAGAGAUCAAUCUGUACAAGUACGAUCCAUGGCAAUUACCAGAUAUAGCAUUGUACGGUGAGAAGGAGUGGUAUUUUUUUUCUCCAAGAGACAGAAAAUAUCCAAACGGGUCAAGGCCGAACCGGGCAGCCGGAACGGGUUAUUGGAAGGCUACCGGUGCAGAUAAACCGAUUGGCCGGAACAAACCGCUCGGCAUCAAAAAAGCACUUGUGUUCUACGCCGGAAAAGCCCCAAAAGGAAUCAAAACCAACUGGAUCAUGCACGAGUAUCGCCUCGCUAAUGUCGAUAGGUCCGCCGGCAAGAAGAACAAUCUCAGGCUCGAUGAUUGGGUAUUGUGUCGAAUAUACAACAAGAAAGGAACAGUAGAAAAGCAUUACUCCGCCGUUGAUCGGAAACCGAUGAACUUCCCGGAACAAGAGGAGCAGAAGCCCAAUAUUGGAAUUUCAUACCAGACUAUGGCGGUUCUUCCGCCACACGUGAAUGACCAAUUACAUAUGGACACGUCAGAUUCAGUACCAUCGCUGCACACGGACUCGAGCAGUUCGGAGCACGUGGUGUCGCCGGGAGUCACGUGCGAAAAGGAGGUCCAAAGUGGGCCCAAAUGGGAGGAGGAGCUAGAGAGUGCGUUGAACUUCAACUUCAACGACAUGGAUUACUUGCAAUAUGACGAUUUUGCCCCCCAAUCCGGGUACCUGAUGGAUCAGCAAGACAUGUUAAUGUAUUUACCCCCGUCCUAUUAAUUCUUUUAAAAAAAUUUAAAACAAAAAAAGGGUGGGCCUAAUUGUGGGCCCAGACAUUCUUUAAGAGGGUCCGGUUUAUUUUUUUGAAAUAUCAUUGAAAAAUUUGUUUCUCAUUAGAAUUGAACAUUGACACACAUAUAUCUAAUUCAAUCAAUUAUCAA